UUAACUUGUUUUCGUCAUUCAGUAGAACAACAAAGGGACAAAGGUCUUGACGUUGUUCUUAUUUAACCCAAAUUUUCACCCCAUUUAAGGUUUUCCAGGACACGGGGACAUAUCCAACCUUCCCGUGGCAUUAGAUGCGACUUGGACCUCUCCGACCCCUGUAUACGCAGCCUCAUAGAAGGUUUGCAUCGUAGCGUCGGAAAAACAAGAUGGGACGAAUAUUCCUGGAACACAUUGGUGGGAUCCGACUGUUCUCUUGCGCCACGUGCUACACCAUCCUGACCAAUCGCACUGAGCUGAUAUCCACUCGCUUUACUGGAGCGACCGGCCGAGCGUUUCUCUUCAAGCGUGUGGUGAAUCUAACGUACAGUGAGGUCCAGGAUCGCGUCAUGCUCACUGGCCGCCAUAUGGUAAGAGACGUUUCCUGUAAAAACUGCAGUGCAAAGUUGGGCUGGAUCUACGAGUUUGCAACGGAGGAGAAUCAAAGGUACAAGGAAGGACGGGUGAUCUUGGAACGCGCCCUCGUGACAGAGACCGACGGAUUCGAGGAACACCUGGGCGACGACUAAGGCAUUCGUGACGCGUCCUUCUCGACACCGACGUGAUCACGAACGCGGAUACACGACCAAGGGAAUGGGGAGACUGUAUCCGUGUGAGAGCCGACGAGACUACCCCCCACCCCCACCCCAUAACUCCCGCCUGUUUUAAAAGAUUAUUUGCCUUGCAUGAUUUUCAUUUGUUUGGUUUUUUCUCUACCAAGUUAUUGUGUUUUAAGUCGAUGUUCUUAUUUAUUUAAAUCGAAAAGGCGAAGGUAAAAUAAAAAACCCAUUCUAGACCAGUUUAUUUAACACGAUCUCAGAUAGUCGUUAGUCUGUCUGUCCGUGGUGUUUACGUGUCCUUGUUAUGCUGUCAAUUAGUCGGGUCUUUUAAGUUUUAAUGCGAGUUUUGUCCAGAAAUCUUCAGUGAGGCACAAACUCAUUUUUCCUGUGAUAUAUUUGAAUAUGAUGGUAGUUUAGUCUGUGUGUGUGUGUGUCAAAUGAGUUGAUCUUGUAGGCCCUGAUAUAACCUAACCUAACUCAACCCAGUAAAGUCCAAAGAGAAUUCAGUGCCUCUUAGGGAAAAUGUAACCGCUUCCUUCCAGCCUCGGGGUACCUAAGAGAGAGCAACCCCCCCCAACCCCCUCCCAAAAAAUCACCUCGUUUGACCUGUCACCACCAAACAAUCAUAACCACCUUUUGUAAUAGAUUCAAGGCAUUGGUCAAGUGGUGUGUUAAGGUCUAUUAUGUGUAAGCAAUUCAGCAGGUGAUUUGGUCGUUGGAUAGUUAUAGGUCCCAGUUUUGAUAGGGACUCGAUCUAACCUAACCUAACGUUACCUAACUUAACCUGAGCUUAACCAAAACCCCAAUGCAACUCAAUCCACUCCCCCUCCCUCUAACCCCCCUCCCCCCCCCUAACCCACCUAACCUAAAGCUGUAGGGUUAGGUUAGGUUAAGGCUGGGAUCUGUUUGACCGACCUCCAGUGAUGUUGUACAAUGAGCUUUAAUUCAUUCUCUCUCUCUCUCUCUCUCU